AAAAUGAUAUCUGAAAACAUCAACCAUAGUAUUUAUACCUUUAGUAUAUUGGUUGAUGCAUUUAGUAAGGAAGAAAGAGUGAAAGAAGCUAAAAAUAUGUUUGCUAUGAUGAUCAGAAAAGGUCUUAAACCUAAUGUUGUUACUUAUAACUCUUUAAUGGAUGGAUAUUGCUUAGUUAAAGAAAUUAACAAGGCCACUGGUAUAUUCAACACUAUGGCUCAGAUGGCAGUGGCUCCUGAUGUUCAUAGCUUCAAUAUCAUGAUUAAUGGAUUUUGUAAGAUUAAAAUGGUAGAUGAAGCCAUGAAUCUCUUCAAUGAAAUCAAAUCAGGAAGAAUCUCAUAUGCUUUGGAGCCGUGGCUUGUCAAUGAGAUGCAUGAUAGAGGUCAACCACCUGAUAUAAUUAGUUAUCGUUCUAUAUUAGAUGCUUUAUGCAAAAAUCACCCUGUUGACAAGGCAAUUGCUUUAUUAACAAAAAUUAAAGAUAUGGGUAUUCAACCAGACAUGUCAUAUAAUAUUCUUAUUGAUGGAUUGUGUAAAAGUGGAAGACUAAUGGAUGCACAAAAAGUUUAUUUUUAG